CGCUUCAGAUCUCUCUUUCCGGUGAGGCUCUUCAGGUGGACGCAUCGUAGUUUUUAUUAGUUGGACAAAAGUUUUCUCCAUCUUCCAACAAAAUGAAAAUCUGGAAGGACGUUUUCACCGGUGACGAGAUGUUCUCGGACACCUACAAGGUCAAGCUGGUGGACGAUGUCAUGUACGAGGUGUACGGCAAGCACGUCUCCCGCACCCUGGGUGACGUGCAGCUGGAUGGCGCCAACCCGUCCGCCGAGGAAGCCGAGGAGGGAACCGAGUCCGCCACCGAGAGUGGAGUGGAUAUCGUCCUGAACCACCGUCUGGUUGAAACCGGAUUUUCUGACAAGAAGCAGUUCACCACCUACCUGAAGGACUACAUGAAGAAACUUGUCACCCGGCUGGAGGAGAAGUCGCCCGGCGAGGUGGAAGUCUUCAAAACGAACAUCAACAAAGUGAUGAAGGAUCUGCUCGGUCGCUUCAAGGACCUGCAGUUCUUCACCGGUGAAUCGAUGGACUGCGAGGGUCUGAUCGCCAUGCUGGAGUACCGUGAUAUCGAUGGCGAAUCCGUGCCCGUGCUGCUCUGCUUCAAGCACGGUCUGGAGGAGGAGAAGUUCUAAAGUGGUGGUGUUUGUGUAUGUGUGUGUGAUUGUUGUCGAGACGCGCGUUAGCAUCAUGCAUAUAUUUUUCAAUUUGGUUUAAGCUUUCAUAUUGACCCCGAUUGAUCCUGCAUCGAGCAUAGAAAAGGGCAGACUACUGACUAAACAAUAGCGUUAUUUAUAAUAGUGUGAGCAGCGACGGUAGCGCGCUUAGGCGGGAUGCGAUUUUUCGCACCGUUUUCCGCGCUCGGGCAGCAACAACCCGGUAGAGAACAAUCGAGGACACUAAACGAAAGGCGAAGAGGAUAUUUUGAGACAUUUUUUUUUUAUAAAUUACCGUCAGCAUUUAACUUUACGACUAGGCGCGACAUUUCCAAACACGAUGCGGAUGAGAGCCUCACGGUGUAACGAAUCGUCUACAAUCAUUUACAAGUGUGUGAAGAAAAAGACUAAACAAUACUCGCCCGCCCCCCUCCCAACGUGUACGCAGUUCCGUUAUGUUAUCAACUUUUCGUUGGGCGGUAUCGCGGUAGAAAGCGCACGUGGACAGUACAUCAGCCCGAACGUGUGCGCGCAAAGGAACGUACCAGAAUUGGCAUCAUGACUUCUUUGGAAGGUGGAGAAAAACCAACACGAUUAUCUUCUGUGUGCUGCAAGAUUUAACAGCUUCCUUGCAAAAAAUAAUAACAACUUCAAGCAUGAAAACUUAACAUCAAAUAAAGAAGAAAACAUCAAUCGUAUCAACUGAAA